AUGCCGAAUAUACCCGACAACAACCAUUUUGAACGGAAGUCUCAUAAGCAACAGCCAUCAAACCUACCAGUUCUAAUCUAUAUUUCAUCUCAAAAACAGCAAAUAAUGGCUGUCCCGGAAAGCAAAACGUAAGAUUAUGGCCACGAUUUUAAUAAUGUUUAAUUAAUGUUGUUUAUAAUUUAAAAGCUGCAUGACAAAAAUCAAGGGUAAUGGUUCGAGACAAGUUGGUAAAAAGUCCAAAGAAAAAAGUUGUCAUCCCGUCAAUUUCGUCGAGUCACAAAUGCGAUGUAGUUAAAAAUAGAUUUAUCUUUUUGUAAAUCAGAUGUGGUACCUAAACAAAAUUUAAUAUGGAUAUCAAUAAAAAUUAUCUGCAUUUUCAACUUCUGAUAGAUUUAUGAAAUUUCAUAAAAAAUAUAAUGUAUCCUUUUGACUAACCAAUUUAUAAUUUAACAAAGGAAAGCAGGCUGGUAAAAUGGUAGGGUCCAGGGUUUUCCCGAUACAAUGAAAACUAAGUAUGACGUUGGCAAACUGUGAAAAGGGAAGAUCAUUCAGCAUUUUCAAUUUUGCUGUAUCAACAUGGAGACUGAUAUAAUUAGGGCCUACUACUUUCUUAACUUCGGCAUUAUUGCUUUGCUGAUUUGCUGCUGUGGUUCUAUCAUGCUAUACUAAGUCUAAAUACUUUAACUUAAAUUUUAAGUUGGUUACUCUAGAAUCAGAAAACAAUUUGUUACCUUGGAAGCCUUGUAAAUGAUACUUUUCUCAUUGUACUGACUAGGGUUCAAAUCUCAAAUUUAAAUUAUCAAUUGGCCAAGACCUAUACUAUACAGUAUUUAGAUUAGUCAGUGUCCUGCAGUCUACACUCCUUUAGAAAUAAAAAUUAAAAUUGGACUAGGCCUUAUUAAACUAAUUAGUUAUUUUUUUCAUUUUGUUGUAAAGAGAGGUUAGAUCUCAAUAAUCUAAGUUCUCUUACAAAACAAACAGAAUAGACUUAUUGACAGUUUCAAUUGAAACUUUAGGGAGUUUUACCUAAAUUUAAGCCAAGGGUUUCUAAAUUUCAAACAGUUUGAAUUUAUUUGAAGUUUUAUCAUGUCAAGGUGAGCCAACUUAUUUUUAACUUAUUGAUAUUAGGUCCUUUGACAGAAAUUUUAAAUAUUGUCUGAUUGCUAUAAAUAUCAUAUAUAGGGUUGCCAUCACCAUUAUGGACCUUGUAAUUAUAUUAAAUAAAUUUUGUACUUCAUUUCCACACCCCCAUCUCAGAGUGUCCCAAAGAGGUCCCUGCUAGAUUUGGCAACCCUAAUUAUAUAGCUAGUUAGCUGUAAGCUUUCCAAAAACACAAAUUUCAUCUUUCUAUUAUUUAUAGGCAGUGUCUAUACUCCGGCAACCGGACGAAUAGUGCGGUAGAUUUUCUUCCAGCGGGCAUGUCACACGAUCGCCGGACGACUCGUAGGCUUUAUUAUUCCGGCACAUGUGUCAUGUGACAAGAAGUCGCUGGCAAAAUAGUUGCAUUGCACAUGAUAUAAUAUUCCAAUAUUGUGUUUGGAAAAAUGAUUUUUUUAAAAUUCAAAAGGAAAAAUAACCGGCGAAAAAAGAAAAAACGUUUCCAAUUUUACUGACAUUAGUGACAUGCGCAGUGUGCAUUUCUUAAUGAUCCAUAACAUAAAGAAAUUAGUUCAUUGGUCGGUAGAUUUAUUUAAGCCAAUCAAAUUAAUCUUAACGAGUUAUCAGUCGGGAAAUAGUCGAGAAUUUAUUGAAUAAUUUUCUUGGUCGGGAAAAUGGGCCUGCUAGUAAGGAAAUUUUCCGGAUAGUCUGGAAUUUUUUAAUUUGAAAGAAAAAAAAAAUUAAAUUUGUCUUUGGAUUCCUUGAAAAUUGACGUUAAUCGCUUAUCUCGUCUAUUUUUAGCCUUUCUGUUAUAAAAAGAACUUUGCCAAAUGCUAGUGGUUUCCCCUUAUUAACUGCGCGUGCGUUUUGAGCUCUAUAAGUUUCUAAUACCGUACAACUUCGAUAGACUAGAAAUAUUUAAUUUCUUUUCACAUCGCCAGUCAAGAGAUGUUCGACUGUUUGGGUAAGUAAAGUGUUAAAUAUAUUAAAUAAUUAUUUGAACCUAGUUUUCAAUUGUGAGGUAACCAUUAUAAAUAGAAAACUACUCGUCCAAGUGCUGUCUAAAAUGUCUAAGCUUAGCGUACUUUGUUAUGUCAUAGUCUUCAUAAGUUGAUUUUUAACUGUUUUACUGUAUGUGGGCGACAUGUAUUUUUUUAUUAGCACUAGGCAGCCUUUAACUUUUUUUAAAAAGACUAAGUUCUUUUUACACUUAAUUAUGGAGCAGGCCUUCUAAUUUUAAAUAGGCUAAUAUGAUCAAGUUAUUUUGUGAUGUUAUUUUUGCAUAGAUUAGUUAGAUUAGUUAGCUAGUUUACGGCUGACUUUCGCAAUUCAUUUAAAAGUUAAUGAAAUAAAACAAACAGAAAAAACUAUUUGAUUGGACUUGAUACAUCAAUUCAGUGAGCCUAACAUAACUGUACACUGUAUAUAGUUCCUUAGUUAUAGUUGUGCACUCCCGUGCUCUGGGUAUACUUUACGGUAUUAUACUAUUAUUCAUAAGAAAAGUGGUGUAGGGCAGGUUUUUUUUUUUUUUUUUGGGGGGGGGGGGGUUCCUUGGGUACCCCCCCCCCCCCCAACCCACCCCAAAAAAAAGGAGGGGGUCCAUGAUGCAUUACCCUGCUGAAAUUCUUGACUUUGCUGUUUCAUAUGCAUAUCUUAGUAUCUCUUCUGACUCUUUAUUACUGUAGUUUAGUACGGGUAUAAUAUAGUCUAUAUAAUGAAUGCCUUACUGUAAAUUAUAAACAUAAUAUUCAUAUAUAUCUUUUUUUUCACACUUUAUUUUUGUUUCACUAUUCAGGAUCAAGGCUCAAUAAAAUAAUGCCCAACAGUUCCUUUAAAGAUUGAUGUUCAGGAUGGCUAUCAUGAUAAUGAUUGAACAAGUCAUCACUGCUUCAUGCUUCACUUUGCUGGAAAUAUUGAUCUCAAGUAUUCAGGGGGAAAUAUUAAAAAAUGUCAAUCAUCUGAUGAGACUUCAGCUUUGAUUUAGGUGUCCACUUCUGCAACUUCUCAGCCAUGCUCCCAAUGUAUGUGUCAAAAUAUGAAACCCUCAUUGGAGAGUUUUCAUAGACAAGCAAAUGGAUAUUUAUCUUCGCAUCUGGGAUGUAAAUAAACUUAGUUCAUUUCUCCAUUCAUCAUUUUCUUAGACAUGCCACUGCUGAAAGCAUGUUGGAAAAAAUCAGUCCAAUUAUCACAGACCUUGGACACUUGGGUUUUUACAAAUGACUAUGGAUGGCCCUGCAGUGAACUGGACAUUUUUCAAAGCCUCUGGAUACAACUGGACAGUCAGGACAUUUAAAAUAUUUUGUUUAACAUAUUUCCUCAUUGAUCUGUAGCGGAUGAUUCACCAUAAAAAUGUUUUAACUAUUAAUUUUUUUUUUUAAAUUACAUUUGAACACUAAGCUAAUUCAAGUGUAUAUACCACUGUACAUACUUUGUGUUAUAGUCCCUAAAACUAAAGGAUUUCUCUACCUUGAUAAGCUGAAUAUUAUGUGUAUUGUGUAUAUUGUAUAUGCUUAAGUGUUAUAAAGAAUUUUGAAUCUAUGCAAGCUGAAUAUUAUGUGUAUUGUGUAUAUUGUAUAUACUUAAGUGUUAUAAAGAAUUUUGAAUCUAUGCUAUUAUUCAGUGAGUUUGUUUGUUUUUUUCUCUUUCCUACCGUUUAUGAUAAUAAAUAGGUCAUUGAAUUUUUUUAAAAAAGGUCUUUGAAGGUUUGGGAAAAGUUUGUGAAUUCUAGACCUUGAAUUCUGUAUGAACCCUUUUGUAAGUAUCCUCUGGGUGGGCAACAGCCGGGGACAAUAAAAGAGAACAAAUCAGCCCUAGACAAUUACAUGAAUCUUUAGCCAUUAUAUGACUGCAAAAAAACAUGCUAAGUCAAGGGGCAUUAUACUGAUUGUUUUUGGCUCCAUUUUAAUCAUGGGAACUCACUCUGUUCUUGUCGCAAAAGGAUGUCUUGAAAAUAGGCAAAGAGAAAAGCAUCUACCUUGAUGAACUGGUUACCAUUAUUUUACAGUACAUAACACCCAAAAUGGUUCACAAUAUAAUGAUUUUUAAAUACACAGAAGGAAGAAAAAUGAAAAAAGAAGACUUUUCUUGGAAUACUUGGAUGCUGACUUUAUGCUGGUGCUAUUUAUCAAAACUUCACAAUUACCCCCCUCCUGUUUGAUACAAUUGAAGGCAAUGCAUUGCUGGAAAGCCAAGGACAAAUUAGCAGCAAUUAGUUGGGGAAAAGUUAGGAAUUUUUUUUAAAGAAGAGUUGGAACUAUGCAUCAGUGAAAUUAUUACUAUCUACAGUCAGAAUAUAACAACCCAUAUCCUGCACAGCAAAAUCAAAAUCUCAAUAUGUUAUGGACAAAUAAAAAUUUUGAUUUAUUUGUAUCAAUAAAAGAAUCUGAUCUUAUAGAUAGUGUAGCAUUGCUUUGUCUUUCCUAAAAUACAUGAACUUUCAAAUGCUAUUUUAUAAAAAUAAAUAUACAUUUAUUUCUAUUUAAGCCAAAAUAAUAUAAUUGACACAAAAGAAACGUAACUAUAAAAUCCAUGCUUUCUACAUUUUUUACUGUUCUUUUGCAAUAGGGAAGAGGAUUUAGCAACAGCCAUCCUCCGACGCAAGGAGCGCCCCAACAGACUUCUUGUGGAGGAGGCCAUCAAUGAAGAUAAUUCUGUGGUAUCUCUAUCCCAGGUACACACUUCUGAUACUCUUGUCAAUAUUUUUCGCUCUUUAAAUUGAUUGUGAUUCAGAAAGUAAAUAUAUAUGAAAUGAAAGUGGGAAAUAAUUAAUUUCUUUUUUUUUUUAUUUUGAUUGAUUUGUCUCCUUUCUUUAUUUUAAUAGAAAAAAAUGGAUGAGCUGCAGUUAUUUAGGGGAGACACUGUAUUACUAAAGGGUAAACGUAGGAAAGAAACAGUAUGCAUUGUUUUAUCUGAUGAGACUGUCACAGAUGACAAAAUAAGGAUUAACAGAUGUGUCAGAAAUAACUUAAGAGUGCGUUUAGGAGAUGUUGUCAGGUAGGUUUUCAUGAGUUUUUACUACCUUAUUUUUUUCAAUAUUUUUUUUAUUGUUACCUGAUUUAUUAUGGGUGGUGUUAGAUAUUUUUUUCACAUGAACAUAAUGGCCCUUUCAUGUUUUGAGUUAGUUUUUACACAAAACAAAUCAUAUCACUUUGUGAAAUAUAUUUUGUAAAAUUUUGUUACUUGAUGAAUACUGUUAACGAAAAUAUUAUUUUAACUUCCAGUAUUCAACCAUGCCCUGAUGUUAAGUAUGGCAAAAGGAUUCAUGUGUUGCCCAUUGAUGACACAGUGGAAGGUCUUGCAGGGUCAGUUGGGUCUCCCACAUUCUUUAAAGAAAAUUUCUUAAAUAAUACAAAUCUUACAACCCAUUUUUGGAUGAAACUGAAGGGUUACUCUUUUAUUUCUUAAUUUCAUUCAAUAUUGAAUGCAUUUUCUUUGUAAGUUUUUAAUUUUAAAAACUUUUUUGAGUGAUGAUAUAUGCAGUACUGAUUUUGUCUUUUACAGAAAUCUUUUUGAAGUUUUCUUGAAGCCAUACUUCCUUGAGGCUUAUAGGCCCAUAAAAAAGGGUGAUAUUUUCCUAGUCCGUGGUGGAAUGAGAGCAGUAGAGUUUAAAGUUAUUGAGACAGAUCCUCAACCUUAUUGCAUUGUAGCUCCAGACACAGUUAUCCAUUGUGAGGGAGAGCCUGUGAAAAGAGAGGUAAUUAUAUUUUUUAUUUGACAGGAAGACAUUUCCUGGUAGCCUUCAUUUAUUCAACGUGACAUGUUUUUUAAUGCAAACUUUAUCGUAUUCUAGAAAGUUAAUAUUUUAAGAUUUACUGAUUCAUUUUUUUUUAAAAAUGUGUGAUGUGCAUUUUUUUAAAAAUAUGUGAUGACUAUGUGUAAUCAUGAACAUUGAACAUGUUUAUAAUUUUUUAAUAUUACUUAAAAAUUAGGAAGAAGAGGAACAACUUAAUGAAGUUGGCUAUGAUGACAUAGGUGGUUGCAGAAAACAGCUUGCUCAGAUCAAAGAGAUGGUGGAAUUGCCACUCAGACAUCCUCAACUUUUCAAAGCUAUUGGAGUUAAGGUGAACAAAAUUGUGACCUUUAUUUUUAUAAGGUAUUUGAAUUUAUGCGAUGAACAAGGAAACCACAAAACGUGAGGUUAAGUACACUAAUUAUCAUAGCAGCAGAAUGAAUCUCUUUAAAUCAAAUACUAUUUAUUUGAUGCAGAUAUUUUCAUGAUGCUGAUACGUUCUUUCAUAUUGUCACCUUAAAAGCAGUCAAAUUACUAUUCUUUUUAUUUUACGCUUUAGCCCCCACGAGGCAUUUUACUGUAUGGGCCCCCAGGUACUGGCAAGACACUGAUUGCUAGAGCCGUAGCAAAUGAAACGGGAGCUUUCUUUUUUCUUAUCAAUGGUGAGUCGAUAAUUGAAAGAUCUUUGUUAUUUGUUAUCUUUGAUAUGUUAUUUUUACAUUCUUUGUUAAGAUACAUUGUCACAGAAUUAGCUAUUGAUUUUGUGUCAAUUCUUACAGCCAUAUAGUUUGAUUCCAAGAAUAUUUUAAUUCUCCGGAACCUAGGUAAAGGAGCUUGACUCCUUUUAGAAUCAUACAUCCUUUUAACCUUUUCGUUACUGAUGACGUGGACCCGACGUCACGAUCACCCACUAUCAAUUACCAAGGACAUCAUAUUGUCCUCAAAACAAAGAUGCAAAUUACUUUUCUGAAAUACCAAGGACAUCGUUGUCAUAUUUCAAUGAUAUAAAUUUCUUUAUUCGUUAAUCUGUAGAGAAGUUAAUAAGCGAAUCGAAUAGAGAAUGAAUUAUUACCGGAAGUUUCAUCUUUAAGAUUUUUAAUUGCUGAGUCAGUAACAAUCGAUGCCAAAACCAGCAAUAAUGAAAGGUUUAAGUAUAAAAAUGAAAUAAUCAUGAUAAAAAUGUAGUAUACAGAUAGUGCUCGACUUACAACCUAUGCAACUUAUGGCCAUUCAACUUUAUGACCACAAUCAGAUGACAUUAUUGAUCUGCAGCCAAGCACCGUGGCCAAUAAAAUGUUUUGUAUAUGUUUAUAUAUUUUGAUGUUAAUUGGCAAUUUGAUGUGUUUUGCGAUUGGGAAAAUGUUUCCUAUAGUAUUUUCCACACCUGUAUUUUGUGUGUUUUGCAAAUAUUAAACCCAUCGUACAUGUACAGUUAAUGCAGUGUUUUUCUUAAACCUGGCGAUGUAAGAAUAAGAAACAAAAUGGUGUAGAGAUGAUACAAAUGGCAUAAAAUGAACAUCGAAAAUUAUGAUCUAUAACAAUAAUAAAAGAAAGUUAUGAUAUAAUUUAACUUAAAUAUAUUUAUAACACCACUUGACAUUACUGUACACACAGCGUAUUUUAACAUUAAUUUUUCUCCCCUAGAUGUUGAUGUAAAUUUUACCAGUUUCUCAGUUUUCCAACCUACAUCCAACCUACUUUUUUACAAUUUUAUUAGGUCCUGAAAUUAUGAGCAAAUUGGCCGGAGAAUCUGAGAGUAAUCUUCGCAAGGCCUUUGAGGAAGCGGAAAAAAAUUCACCUGCCAUCAUCUUUAUUGAUGAAUUGGAUGCUAUUGCUCCUAAACGUGAAAAGGUAUCAGUGCUUUUAGGCAUUGGUUUAAAAUUGUGUGUGUGUGUUUUGUGAGCUCAAAAGCUUCUGGAAUGACUGGUUCAGGGGUCACCACCAUGACAUAAUUUCACUUGUAGAUAAGUUUAAAAUGUAAGCUGAACUAAAUGACCUGGGCUUUAUUGGCACACCAUAAGUAAUUUAUUAUGUUGUGCAACAUCUAGAAUCAUUUAGUUAUGACUUAUUAUUAAUGUUAAUUUUAAAAUUAAAACCAAGCUCUUAUUUAAUGCAAUCACAGAUUAUCUAGUGAUGUAUUUUAUCUCCCUGGGCAUAUAUGGGAUUGUGGCUGAAACAAUGCUACAUUAUCUGUAAACUGUAGAGAUUUGAAAUUUUCAUUGUCAUAUGUUACAAUUAGUUGCUUGUAUGAGGUUCAAGAACUAGAUCAACAGUUUUAUAUUUGUAUUUAAUUUUGACUAUAUUUAGCUGUUUUGUUGUUGUUUUUUUAAAUAUAUGUUGUUGUUUUUUUAUUUUACUAAAUGUUAAAGAGGAGAUUUUUAUGUCAGAUUCUCUUAGGUAAAAUGUUUAUUAUAUAAACCUUUAUUGUUUGAAAUACAUAAGUGAUUGGUUUAUGCUUUGCAGACACAUGGUGAGGUAGAGAGACGCAUUGUGUCCCAACUUUUAACACUCAUGGAUGGUCUGAAACAAAGGUCACAUGUAAUUGUGAUGGCCGCCACCAAUAGACCAAACAGCAUUGAUGCUGCUCUAAGGAGAUUCGGUAAACUUGACUUGACAGAUUUUGGAUGAUGUUAAGAAUAGUGUAGCCAACAACAUGAAGAAUAUGACAAAUUAAUGAAUGGAAAAAAUGCUUUUUUCAGGACGCUUUGACAGAGAGGUGGACAUUGGCAUCCCAGAUGCCACUGGCAGACUAGAGAUUUUGAGGAUUCACACUAAAAACAUGAAACUUGGGGAUGAUGUAGAUUUGGAGCAGGUAAUUCUUUGGUUACUUGACACAGCCUAAUAAGGAAUAGUGCUUGAUUUAACCAAAGGUUAAGAAAUGCUGGUGUACAAAUUCAAGUUUAGAAAAACUGCUUACCCGGUAUGUCAAUUUGUUGCAUCAAAACAGCUUAUUCAGAAAAAAAUUUAUAUAAAAAUAUUCAUACUCUUGCCAUAAAACAUGGACUAAUUAUAGUUAAAACAUAGUUGUGGUAAUGAAUAAAAUUUCAGGUUGCUUCUGAGACCCACGGACACGUAGGUGCAGAUUUGGCAGCCUUGUGCUCAGAGGCAGCUCUCCAGCAGAUAAGAGAGAAAAUGGAUUUAAUAGAUCUUGAAGAUGAAACAAUUGAUGCUGAAGUCUUGGAUUCUUUGGCUGUAUCAAUGGAAAACUUCAGGGUGAGUAGUCCUCAUCAAGAGAUACGUCAUUUGAUAUAUUUAUGUCAGUUUGGAACAUUGUGAAGCAAUACUUUUUAUAUUAAAUAUAGUGGGUGACAUUUUAUAUACAAAGACAUGAUUUAAAAUGAGUGUCCAACUAGAAAAUGGGGAUUUGUUAAAUUUUAAAAACAACAAAAACUAGACUACCAUUAAUUUGUUUAAGUUAUCCUGUUUCAAAACUUUCUUGAUCAAAAUUUUAACUGUUUAAUUUGAUAUUCUGUAAAUUAAAAUGGACAAUGUGUUUAGAACAUAUUUCAAUUUAUUUAAAUCGUGAAAAGAAGCUUUAUCUAAUUUCAACCUGCAUAUAUUAGUGGGCCUUGAGCAAGAGCAACCCAAGUGCCUUGCGUGAGACUUCUGUCGAGGUACCAAAUGUUUCUUGGGAAGAUGUUGGAGGUCUGGAGAAUGUCAAGAAAGAGCUGCAGGAGUUGGUACAGGUAUGUUGCCUUCUAUUUCCUUGUUUUGUUCUAAAAUGGUCUUGAUAAAACUAAGGUGUACUAUAUUUGAGCAAGAUCCCUUAUUUAUUUCUGUCAGUUCACGCCAUGUGCCAAACCUUGCUUCCAUGUAUCUAGAUGCCACUACGCUUAUUGAACAUCUUUCCUGUACUACUUUGUAUCAUGGCUUUUGAGUUUCAUAUUGAGUUUUAUCACUAUUCAAUAAAAUUUCUAUUAAAAAAAAUAUUUCUUGCCAGUAUCCUGUUGAGCAUCCUGAAAAGUUCCUCAAAUUUGGCAUGACUCCAUCAAAAGGUGUUUUGUUUUAUGGCCCUCCUGGUUGUGGUAAAACUCUUCUGGCUAAAGCUAUUGCCAAUGAGUGCCAGGCCAACUUUAUUUCCAUCAAAGGACCAGAACUACUCACCAUGUGGUUUGGAGAGUCUGAAGCAAACGUCAGAGACAUCUUUGACAAGGUAAAUGUUUCAAAUAUAGACUCAACUCUUGUUGGUCAACAUUCUUUUAUCAUUUUAGUUACUUCUUAGAUACCUCAAAUAUUUUUUUAAAGAAUUGUCUACUUUGCAGACUUAAAGAAAAUAAUAUUAAUAUUUUGAGAAAGAUAUUGUGAAACUGUUUUAAAGUUGUUGUUUUUUAUGUAAAGGCUCGAUCAGCUGCUCCAUGUGUGCUCUUCUUUGAUGAGUUGGAUUCCAUAGCUAAAUCUAGAGGCGGCAAUGUUGGAGAUGGAGGUAAGUGUAUUAUUUUUAUACAUUUAUUUGCAUUUUGUAAUUUUUAUGUUUUGUAACUUGUUUCUUUAAAAAUUGGGGUUUAAAGAAAAUGAAAUUAAUUUUUAUGAUCACCAUCAUAUAAAGUUAAAUUCAUGAUUUUUAAAAAAAUUAUUAAUACUUCGCUUAUUAAUUUUUGUAGGUAUUCUAAAUGAAAAUUUCAUAAUGAUAUAAAUAAAAUUUAACUAUCCCCCCUAAAUAGAACUUGCCUUAACCCUUUACGGGGCGGUGGCACUUCCUUUUGCAUUUUCCAAAACUGACAAAAUUUUUUAGUAAGAUUUAGGGUUGCGCUACAAAAAAAUCAAAUCUUAAGGUGUUAGUCAACAAAUUUUUGAGAAAUAAAAAGCAAAAUAAAGGAAAAUGAAUGCAGAUUUAUAAUUGUACUCACAUGUUGCCAUUAAUCCUCAUAUGAACACAAAUAUUUGCAAAAACAACAUAUUGUUUGUGAUUGUGUCAUCUUUUCACUAUUGACAAACACUGCCACAAAAUCGAUGUUUGUAAAAUUCAAAACUGCUUACUACGCUCUGAUUUCGCUAAUAUUACUUAUAAUAUUUAUAUCUAGAUCCAAUUUACAGUCAUUUACUUAAAUGUCACUUAAAUUGAAUCCAGCGAAAUCUCCGCUAUCACUUGAAUAAUCGGCAAAAUCCAUUUUUUUUUUUUUUUUUUUAAUCCUUUAAACUACAAAAAAAAUUGAUUAAAUACAUGUAAAUGGCACAUUCUCUAUUAAGCUAUCGGAAAAACCAGAUGUAAACAAUAGGAAGUCUUGCAAAGUCUCGGAGGUCACGAGAAAACAACACUGUCGUCACGGACGCCUUUGGGGGUUUCGCCCUUUAAUUUCUAAAGACGUUUUCGGCCGCUCUGCCCCAUAAAGGGUUAACAAACUUAAUCAGAACAGAACCACACAUUUAAUUUCUCUAACUUAGUUUUAAGAACAUCAUGGAUUUUUUAAAACCCUGUAACUUAAUCAAAUUUUAGAGGACACGAUAGUGGAGUUUUGACACCCGCUAUCUUCUAAAAUAAAUAAGUUUUAACUUUAAAAUCUCUUGCAGAGCCACAUGUUAUACAUGUAGCAAAAACUAUUUUUUAAAAAUCAGGGUUGUCACAAAAAUGUAAAUAGCCCAAUUUGAGAAAAUAUGUAAAGGGAAACAAAAAGUCAAUUUUAGUUCAUCUUCAAAAAAUCUUUUAAAAUUAACUAGAGUUGGAAAUAUAAUUUUUAGAUAAUGUUAUAGAAAAUUUUAAUUUAUUAUUGUUAAAUUAACAGAGGAUAAAUUAAAAUUAUAAUUAACCAGAAUUAUCUUAACUAAGCAUGUUAAACAAAAUUAAAAUUUUAGAGAAUUUUUUUGUAAUCAGAGAAUAUUGACCAAGUAAGUUUUCUAAGUAAACUUGUCACCAUGGUGUAGAAUCCGAUCAUAGUUUUAAUUUGAAAUAAACAGACUCAGGUUAAAAGCACAAAUAAUACUUAAAGAAAUUUUAAAAAAGGGGGUGGUACUUGCAAACCCAAAAUUGAGAAUUUCCAACACAAUAAAUUUGUGUAAAGAACUCUGUAUUUCAUUACUGGCAGUGAACAUUGUAUGACAAAGUAGAUAAGCUUAUAAUAAAUAAAUUAUUGGAAGCAUGAAAAAAUAAGUUAGUUGAAAUCGGAUGCCUCUUUUUGCAUAUCUGAAUGGGUCUGGGAACAUUUCCUUACAUUGUUUGAGGCCAAACUUCCCUUAUCCAUUAAUCUAAACAACCUGUGAAAAAGAUUUUUAUUUGUAUCAUGAUUUUAAUUGUAAUAGUUAAAUUAGCUUAUAUGAUCCUGGCAAUGUAAUGAAAUUCACAAAUAACAAAUCAUAUCACUACUACAUCUACUACUUCUAACCUUCACCAGUGGCUAACAUCUAGUAUUUGCUGGCAGUCUAUUUUGAACUUACGGCAGUGUGCUGAGCCUUUCUGUUCUUUUGUGCUAUCUGUUGCUAAAUAAAAAAACUCUUAAGAUGUUCAAAGCUUCAUCCAAUUAAAUAUUAAGUGUAACAUUAGGCUUCUAUUUUUAAAAGAAUACAUUUCUAACCUAAAAUAAGAAUCAUGAAUAUUUCGUCACUUUUUUAUGCAUCUUACCAUUUAACUUUAUUUAUAAAAUGGAUUAACGGAUAAUUUCCAGUUUAAAAUUAUUUAAAAAUAAAGCAUGCCAUUCACCCUCUGGAAAAUAAUACUUCGACCCAAAGCAAAAGGCUUUGCUCAAAUUGAUAAUACUUUAACAGUUUAAUCAUUAACUGCACCUUCUAAACAAAUUUUAUUUGCUGCAAAAUAAAUAUUCAAUAUUUGAACAUUUUAUAGAACUAAUUAUGCCUUUUUUUUACUCUCCUUAAUCCUAAAUUAAAUAGAGGACUUUAAAAUAGGCUAGUAGAUCACUCUGAAGAAACAUUAAUUAUCGAUAAGCCAAGAAGUGCCGAAACUAAAUCACAAAUGCAUUAAAGAAAUACAAUAAAUAUAAGACGCCUAAGAAUGAAUUAAAGUUUUAACUUACCUAUGGCAGUUUUUAAAUCCAUGGAAAAAGUAAUAAAUUUGGAUAAAUUGCAUAUACAAUACAGUCAGCUUGUCUUGCUCUUGCUUGCAUGGGUCUUGACUGAAUUUUUUUUAAAGGAAUUUGAUGACAUAUUACCAAAAGCUUGAGCUUUUUGUCCCGUAAAUGGGACAUUCCCAAAAUGGUAACAUUUUUAUCAGAAAACGAAUUGGCUUUCAGAAUAUUUAUUUUUGCAAGCUGUAAAGUGAUGGCAUCAGCUCAAAAAUGCAUUUUUAAUACUAAAAUAAAUGCUUUUAAACAUACAUUUUUAGUUUAAUUCUUGCACAAAUAUAUCAAAAUAAAGAUCAACAUCAGUACUUUCUAAAUCCGUUUCCAGUCCAAAUUAGAUGAACAAAUCACUUGUCGCUUGCAUAACCCAAUAAUAAUUUAAAAAUCCUCCGCUCAGAGACUCAUUUAGAACAUCUAGUAUUAAGUUUUGCUGAAACUAUGUUUUGCUCCAACAGACUUAAUUAUAUUGAUGAAAUAUUUUUAAUUUAGGUGGGGCUGCUGACAGAGUAAUCAACCAACUUCUGACUGAAAUGGAUGGCAUGUCAGCUAAGAAAAAUGUAUUUAUUAUUGGUGCAACAAACAGGCCUGAUAUUAUUGACUCUGCCAUUCUUCGACCUGGACGUCUUGAUCAGCUAAUAUACAUUCCCCUUCCUGAUGAUAAGUCAAGAAUUCAGAUUCUUAAAGCUAACUUGCGCAAGUCACCCAUGUCCAAGGUACAUGAAAAUAUCUCUUGAAUAGUUCGAUAUCUAUAAUUAUUAUAUGUGAUUAACUCACUCCUAUCUUAUUAAUUUAAUCCAUGGAUAAAGAUGAAAUGUACUGGCAUGCAUAUAGAUUAAAAAGCAAUACAAAAUACAAAUCUUAUGCUUAAAAAUGAGAGUUCUAACUAUAUAUUUCUAAUACCUAUAGGAUGUUGAUCUAGAAUACUUGGCAAAGGUCACCAAAGGUUUCAGUGGAGCUGAUCUAACUGAAAUAUGCCAGAGGGCCUGCAAACUAGCUAUCAGACAAUCCAUUGAGGCAGAAAUUCGCAGUGAAAAAGAGCGGGCAAACAAUCCAGAUGCUGAUAUGGUAUUGGAUUUUAUUAUGUUUCUUCAUUGAAUAUUUCUUGAUUAUAAAAUAAGGAUAAAUUUGGUUUAUGCAGAUGGAAAAUUCUCAUUAAUUUAAAAAUAAUUUGUUUACACUGCUUUCACUCCAUUGUUGAGUUGCAUCUGAUUUUCCAAAGGAGGUGGAGGAAUAUGACCCUGUUCCAGAAUUGACCAGAGCACAUUUUGAGGAAGCCAUGAAAUUUGCCAGACGAUCUGUGAGUGAAAACGACAUCCGCAAAUAUGAAAUGUUUGCUCAGACUUUGCAACAGAGUAGAGGCUUUGGUGGUUUCAGGUAA